AUGAUUCGUAAUGCAGAGAAACUUGAGAAGCUAAAAAAAUUGCAGGCAGCCCGUGCUGGAAAGCAAUCAGACGUCCGUGAGGAUGACGAUAAAUUAUACGAUGAGAUUGAUGAGCAAGAAUAUAGAAUUCGGAAACGCCAGGAGCUGCUUCAAGAUGACUUUGUUGUUGAUGAUGAUGGAUUGGGUUACGUUGAUCGAGGAGUUGAUUAUGACAGAAAUCAAGUGUCCGAUGAGGAAAGUGAGGAAGAGGUAGAAGAAUCUAGCGUCAUAAGAAGUUCGAAAAGUCAGGAUGGAGCAACGAAGGAUAGGAACGCAGUUAGUAACCUGCUUCGUGCUCAACAUAAUAAAGCUCGUCUUUCAAUGCAAAAGGGAAAACCAAAGGAGAAAAAUAUUUCGGUGGAUCAAUUCGAUGACAUUUUAAGUGAAUUUGGUGACGGCGUUCCAUACCCAAGAAGACAACAAUUCAAGAGAAAGAUAAUAUCUUCCCCUACUGUUUUGCAUGUAACAAGGAAGCCUGCCGGCUCUUUUGAGAUAGACUCUUCUGAGAUAGACUCUGGCACAUUCAAAAAACAGAAACUAGACGCCGAUAAGAGCGUAUACCAGUGCGAGGACAUAGACUCUUCGCCCUUGAGGUCUCGUGGCAUUAAUAACAAAAAUAAUAGCGAAGCAAAAAGUAAUAAAACAAAGUUUGAACAAGUAGACGAUCACUCAUUGAACAUCGGCUUUUCAGACGUCGAAGAAGAAACUUUCAAGGUAAAGUCGGAACAAUCACAAAACGGAACCGCGGAUGUUGAUCUGGAGGAAGAUAGCGACGACGAGAUAGUUUUUGGUAGAAGAACUCUAAGGACAGUGAAAACAGCAAGACAUAUUAAUCUUAGCUCAGGAGAUAUCCAUCCAUCAUCACCGUUCGUAACUGCCCCGGGAACGCCAAUUAGUAUGAAAUCUUCACAAGCAAAUAUUGGAAUAAGCUCAUCCGGCGAAGCUGGCUAUCUUGGAGGUAAGUACACGAGAGAACAAAUUGUUGAUCCCGCAACAAAUAGCUUUCAAAUGUUCUGGUUGGAUUACUGCGAGGUUGAUGGGAGUUUGGUCCUUUUUGGGAAAAUAAAAACAAACGACAAUACAAUUAUCUCUGGGAUGGUUCAAAUCAAUGGGCUGUGCCGAGAGCUAUACUUCCUGCCCAGGGAAAAUAAAACACCACAGGAUAUUCACGAGGAAAUAAUACCAUUGUUGUUAGACAAAUUUGGAUUGGAUAACAUUCGAGCUAAACCUGUAAAAAGGAAGUACUGUUUUGAAUUGCCAGAAAUACCAAGCGAAUCAGAAUAUUUGCAAGUUCUGUUGCCGUAUAAUUGUCCAAAAUCUAAGCGUGAUAUGUUACCGCCAGAUUUGUCCAGUGAAAAUUUCUCUCACGUUUUUGGUGGCAAUGCAAACAUUUUUGAGAGCUUUGUCCUUCAGAAUAAAAUCAUGGGGCCUUGUUGGUUGGAAAUCAAAAAUGGUGAUUUUCAUGCACUUGCGAAUGCAUCCAAUUGUGCCGCGGAGGUUGCCGUCAAUAUUAGUAGAAACAUCACACUGCUGGAUGUCAAAAAAUCGCCCAAUCUUUCUGCCGUAUCCCUGGCCAUACAAACAAUGAUGAACCUCAAGGAAAAUAAGCAGGAGAUUAUUGCCAUUACAAUUUCUUCAUACAAGGAGGUUCCAUUAGAUGCUCCUAUUCCUGAAGAGACAAAACCCAACGAUGUUGUCACACUUCUUAGACCACCAAGAGGUACAAGCUUUCCAUUGGGAUUGGCUACGCUGACCAAGCAAAAGGUAAAAGGAAAUGUUCGCCUCUUUAACAAUGAAAAGAGUUUAUUAUCGUGUUUUUGUGCGAUACUUAAAGUCUCCGAUCCUGAUGUAAUAAUUGGGCACCGGUUAGAAAGCAUAUAUCUUGAUUUGCUAGCUCAUAGACUCCAUGAUCUUGCUAUUCCUACCUUUAAUGCGUUAGGACGUCGUGCACGAAAAGUUUGGCCUGAUAGGUUUGGCAGGAGCAACUCCGGUAUGAAUCACAUUUAUAUUAGGGAAUUGGUAGCGGGUAGGCUUAUCUGUGACAUCGCCAAUGAUAUGGGGCAGUCUCUGACUCCUAAAUGUCAAAGUUGGGAUCUUGCUGAGAUGUACCAGGUAAGUUGCGGGGUAGACCACAAAUCUCUAGACAUCAACUAUCAAAAUCCACAAUACCAAGAUGAUGCAAAUAGUAUGAUCAUGGCUCUGACAGAAAACAUCAAAAAUUCAGCAAUCAUUGCCGAAAUAUCCUUCAGAAUCCAGCUAUUGUCUCUGACUAGGCAGUUGACUAAUCUGGCAGGCAAUGCUUGGUCACAGACGUUGGGUGGUACAAGGGCUGGAAGAAAUGAGUACAUUUUACUGCAUGAAUUUUCUAGAAAUUGUUUCAUUGUGCCUGAUAAGGAGAAUAAUAGAUUCAAGUCAGCGAAACAAAGCAAAAUGCAUGAUAUAUCAACGGAAAGAGAGCCCGAAAUUUCCUCAAAGAAAGCGAAAUUUCAGGGUGGGCUUGUCUUUGAGCCAGAGAAAGGAUUGCAUAGCAACUAUGUUUUGGUUAUGGAUUUCAACUCUUUGUAUCCCUCUAUCAUCCAGGAGUUCAAUAUUUGUUUUACAACUGUUGAUAGAAACUUGAACGAUGCCGAUGAGUUACCCGAGACCCCUGAUACUGACAAAGACCAAGGAGUGCUUCCACGUUUGUUAGCAACCCUUGUUCAACGUCGUCGAGAAGUUAAAAAGAUCAUGGCAACCGAAACUGACGCUUUCAAAAAGGCACAGUGCGACAUUCGACAACAAGCUCUAAAACUAACAGCGAAUUCCAUGUAUGGCUGCUUGGGAUAUGUGAAUAGUAGAUUCUAUGCGCAACCUCUGGCAAUGCUUGUGACCAACAAAGGAAGAGAAAUUUUGAUGAACACCCGGCAACUAGCAGAAAGCAUGAACCUACUUGUUGUAUACGGUGAUACCGACUCUGUUAUGAUUGAUAGUGGCUGUGAUAAUUAUGCGGAUGCAGUUAAAAUAGGUAAUAACUUCAAGAAGCUAGUGAAUGAGCGUUAUAGACUGUUGGAAAUUGAUAUUGAUAAUGUUUUCAAAAAGCUGCUAUUGCAUGCUAAAAAGAAGUAUGCUGCUCUGUCAGUCAGCUUGGAUAAAGAUGGCCAAGAACGCGCUUUAUUGGAAGUUAAGGGACUCGAUAUGAAACGCCGUGAAUUUUGUCCGUUAUCAAAAGAUGUUUCUAUUCAUGUUCUGGAGACAAUUCUAUCAGACACUGACUCUGAAACAGCUUUGCAGGAAACAUACGAAUAUUUGGAGAAUGUUAGAGCUAAAAUUGAAAAUAAUGAAAUCAGAAUCGACAGAUACAAAAUCAACACGCGACUUUCAAAAGAUCCUAGUGCUUAUAACGGUGGUAAAAGCAUGCCAGCUGUACAGGUAGCGCUAGGAAUGAGGAAAAACGGAAGGGUGGUAAAAGCUGGAACAGUGAUAACUUUUGUAAUAACAGAGGGGAGUGAUUGCACACCGAAUGAAUCGAAGGACUCUGCUCAAUCUGUAGCAGAAAGGGCUCGAGCAUUAAAUGAAGUUAUGGUGAAAAAUAGUAAUUUGAGGCCUGAUGCUGCCUAUUACUUGGAGAAACAAAUAUUUGCCCCCGUUGAGAGGUUAUUGGAGAGAAUCGAAGGUUUUGACAUACGCCGUCUCGGUGAAUCUCUUGGGCUAGACUCUAAAAGAUUUAUCAAUAGAGGCAUUAAUUUAAACGAUGGAAUGAGCAGAGGAAAUGGAAUUGAUGACUUGCAACCACUUGAAAGCACCAUACCCGAUGUUGAGAGAUUCAAAGACACCGCAAAUUUAGAGCUCGCAUGUCCUAGCUGUCGCCAAAAGUUUCUAUUUGGUGGAAUUGUUGCUUCUAACUACUACUCAAUAUGUUACAAUGGUCUUCAAUGUAAGAAAUGUAACCAUAUGUUCACUCCGCUCCAGACAACCUGCCAGUUGGAGAGAUGCAUAAGGUCACAUAUAUCACUGUAUUAUGCAGGCUGGCUACACUGCGAUGAUCCGACGUGCGGUAAUGUGACUCGUCAAAUAUCGGUAUUUGGCAAACGCUGUUUAGUCGAAAAUUGUACAGGAGUAAUGGGCUACAGAUAUUCAGAUAAGCAACUUUACAAUCAACUCUUAUACUUUGAUUCUCUCUUUAACUGUGAAAAAAAUAAGAAACAGGAAAUUAAGCCCUUAUACCACUCCGGUGAUGAGCAAUAUCCGAAGGAGCAACUUACUGAUUCCUCAAUAAAGGCACUUGCAGAGCAGAAUAGGGAGCUCAUGAAUCUCAAUCGAGGAAUUGUUCAAAAAUAUCUAAGUGAUUGUGGCCGCCGUUAUGUGGAUAUGGGAAACAUAUUCGAAUUCAUGAUAUAA